AUUUAACAUUUUGUUUUGCACAGAAAGUAGCAGAUAAAAACCAGCUUGAAAAGGAGAUAUAUAGAGGAAUGCAAACUAUGGAUACAAUUUUAUUUAUACAGAUGUUAUUUUAUUCAUCAUUUUUAUCCAAUGUAUAUUCAAACAGAACUUUUCCGAUUGGACACCCGAGAGCGUGUGACAUCGAGACAAAACCAUUUUAUGUUUUUGAGGUUCUACCAGGUCUAGGAUGGGACAAUCUCGUCAACAAAAACAGAGGAAUGGUUAUACAUUUUAACUAUUCCAAAUGUAAAACUACUGCGGACCAACGUUAUUUGAUUCCUGAUGGAAUUGUCACAAUACCGAUCAAAUCAAGCAGUAUGCAUGUGUUCUCAAAGACGUACGAUCAUUGGUCCGAUUACAAAACUGAUACUUCAUUUUCCAUCAAUCUAGAUGCAUCUGUGAAAGACGAAGGCACGAUUUCAGGCAGUUUUUCGACCGAGUUUGAACAUGUAAAAUCAAAACAGAUUGAGGACAAAUCGUUAACAACAAAAGUUCAAGCAAGAUAUGUAAGGUAUACAGCGGAAGUUUUAUCUGAUGCUCAACUAGAUCCCUCGUUUCGUUCACGUUUGCUUAAAAUAGCCAAUCAUAUACAACACAACCGCAAGUCGUCAGCACGCUACGAAAGCGAGUUACUCGUUCGAGAUUUUGGAACACAUGUUAUCACAACAAUUGACGCUGGGGCAUCUAUUGUCAAGGUUGACCAGGUAAAAUCUUCAAUAAAACAGGAGACAACAAUGAAUAAGCUCUCAAUUUCACUAGCCGCUAGCUAUUCUUUUCCAAUCCUUGAGGACUAUAAAGCAUCUUCAAAAAUUUCAAUUUCUGAUAACGAUAUUGAAAAGUACAUAACUCAUUUAACGGAUUCGAACAUCAGGACAUAUGGGGGACCGGCACUAAAUCCUGACAAUUUUACGUUUGGAAAAUGGGUCUCAGAAAUUGCUGACGAUUUAGUUGCAGUUGACAGAAAUGGGUUUCCAUUAGUUCAUUUCGUAACAACAACAACACUACCUGAAUUAUCCGAGUAUCUUGUUCACGAGUUAACACAAAGUAUCAGCACUGCAAUUUUGACGUAUUAUACACACAAUAAAUAUCCCGGAUGUACAAAGAUGGAUGCACCUAAUUUUAGUUAUAUUGCUAACGUUAACGAUGGCACAUGUCAUACUCCUUUAACAAACUUUAGCUUUGGGGGAGUUUUUCAGACAUGCGACCAAUAUGGGGAUCUUAUGGAUGAGAACCUUUGUGGACAGUUUGGAACAAAAAAUCCAAAAACACAAAGUUACAGCUGUCCAGUUGGAUACGAACAAAUACUUCUAUACACCAGCGAAACAUCCAAAUCUCAGCAACAGCAUACAUGUCAAACUUGUUAUCUAUUCUUUAGUUGCUGCAAAGACGAAUCAUACUUCGGUACAGCAAAUUUUACCACCUAUUGGUGUCAUGCUCCAAAAGAUUCAGCGGUAAGUCAGCAUAGCGGAUAUAUAUUCGGAGGACUAUAUUCUGAUACAACCAACAAUUUUGUUACACAAUCUCAAUCAUGUCCGCGAUUUUACCUACCACUGACAAUUACAUCUAACGUUCAUGUAUGUGUCAGUGAUGAUUACGAACUCGGGACAGCGUUCGCUGUUCCUUUCGGAGGAUUUUACAGUUGUUCCAACGGUAAUCCGAUGGCUUCAGUUAAUGCUUCGAAAUCUUGUCCGCACGGAUACAGCAGCCAUUUAGCAACCAUUGACAAUAACUGCGAAAUAAUGUAUUGUGUUUUCACAGGUUUUUUAUCUAAUUUAAAAUCUCCUCUCUUAAAAAUUCCUCCCUUUACAAAGAUUCCAGCAGAAAGCAUUAAACCUCUCGCUAACGCUAAUUAUAUUAUAUCGCAUAACGGACAGUCCUGGAUGCAUUUAAUUGAAUCUGCUACUACAAAUCAUGAACUAGAAGAAAACAAAUGGACGCCAUCACAAUCCGCUCAAAUGGAAAUAAGCAAUUUGAUCAUAAAAUUUAACAAUAAUCAAGUUAAAAUUCCUGCAGAAAAAAACAUUUCGAGAGCUACCGGCUUCGGACUGUCAGUGGGUUUUAUGACUACACUUUGUCUUACUGUUGGGAUUAUCGUCGUAAUAAAAUGAAAUCGCCAAAUAAGACUAACAAUAAAUGCAAGAAGAAGAAAAAAAAAUUCGAAAAUAAAGUCUUGAAUUAAAAUUGAAUGACAUAAAUCAAUAGUUUAAUUUUGGAUGUAAUACGUCUUCUGAUUGGCUGAAAGUUUUUUUAUAUAUCAGCUCGAUUUAAUCAAUUACAUACAAAAACAAAAAAUUAUAUAUAAAAACAAAAAAUCUUCAUGUGAUUGAUUAUUAAUCGAUUGCAUAUGUCAGUAAUCGUGCCCAUACCUUGUCAUAUAUUAUGAAAAUGACAAGGUGACAGGGAUAGUAAAAGAUUUAGCUAUCUGUGCAACUACGUUGCAAAAAAAGAUAUAUACGAAUUAAAUAAAAUAAUAUUAUUUUGCAAGAAUAAUAGUGCAGCAUGCUAAUCGGCCUUUAUCCACCUUUUUCCGAUCGAAGGUAGAUCUGGUGUACAUUAAUGCAAGCACAUGAAGCAGAUGUUAGGCAAUAAAUCCAGACUGAGAUUUGAGAUGAGGCUCAAUGUUCAAUGAAAUAUUGAAGUAAAAUUUAGAAUAUUGAAAUACUAUUUCUAUUCACAAAUAUUAACGCAUAAUUUGAAAACUUUCUCACUUACUGUCAUUACAAAAAAAUAAAUAUUUCAUUAUUGUGAUUACAGAAUUAAAAAAAAAGGUUAGUUUUCUGACAUACAGAAAUAUGUCAAGAAGAUUUCUUUUAUUUUUUCCUUGAUUCAUCAGUGGUCCCAGUGAUAUAUUAUAUAAGGUUAAUUAAAGAUUAGGAUAUUAUUAA